AUGGAGGGCAGGAAUGGUUUGUUUGGUGGUUGCGAGGAAUUUGGGAAUGCAAUUGGAUCAAUUUGCAAAAAUGAUAGCGCAGAGAAUGGUUGUGAUAGUGAAGCUCGUCAGCCCAGUUUGGAUGAUGAUGCAUCAGAUUAUGGAGACGUCAUAGGUCUCACAGCAGAAGAUAUAUGUAACAAGGUCUUUCGGAGCGAGGAACGUGCUUAUGAUUUCUUCGCAAAACUUGGAAAAUUUGUUGGGUUUGGGGUCCGAAAGGGUGACUACGGGAAAGAUGAGGAGGAGAAUUUGAUAAAGCGGAGAUUCUUUUGCAACAAGGCCGGUUUAAGGGACCAGAAGCAUUACAACCGGGUGGAUAGAAAAAGAUCACAUCGUCCAGAAACGCGCACGAAUUGCAAGGUAAUGCUGUCAGUGUAUCUUGAUAGGGUUUCUUGCACUUGGAAGGUUAGGAAGGUGAACCUGGAACAUAAUCACCCACUCACGCCCAGGAUAAUGGUACACAUGAUUCCAGGAUUUCGCCGUAUGUCAAAGUCUGCCAAGGCACACAUAGAUGGGAUACAGAGGUACGGCUUACCAACCUCAAAGAUACUGGGGUACAUGGCAGGAAUUUCUGGGGGGUAUUCUCUCCUUGGAUUCACCAAAAAGGAUGCUUACAAUUACAUCGAUAAGAGCAAACGCGACAAGAUUACGGAUGGUGACACUAAUGCGGCCGUCAUAUACCUUGAGGGAAAGGCCACAGCGGAUCCAAUGUCGAUGGCAAGGUACAACCUCACCGAUGAUGGUAUGUUGGCGAACCUCUUCUGGGCUGAUGGAGCAAGUCGAGUAGAUUACCAAUAUUUUGGUGAUGUCAUUGCUUUCGACUCCACCUACAAGAAGAACAAAUAUAAGAGGCCGUUGGUCAUAUUCUCUGGCACGAAUAACCAUAAACAAACAACAAUCUUUGGCUUUGGUCUUGUUUUGGAUGAGCGCAUACCUUCUUACACGUGGAUGCUCGAGAGCUUGGUUGAAGUAAUGUGUGGCAAGACACCGUCCGUAGUUGUUACAGACGGAGAUGAUGCAAUGAUUGCAGCUGUGCGGAAAGUUUUUCCACGAGCAACUCAAAGGCUGUGUGCGUGGCACCUACAAAGAAAUGUAACCUCGAACUCAAACGAGGACAUGUUUCGGAAUGUGUUUGCAAAGUGGUUAUAUGCUGACAUGGAAAUUGCCGACUUUGAGGCUGAGUGGGCUCAGGCAGUGAUAGACUUUGAAUUGAGUGACAAGUUAUGGGCUUCUCAGAUGUACGAGAAGCGAGAGAUGUGGGCCAACGCAUAUCUGCGGAACAAGUUUUGUGCUGGCUUUCGGACGACAUCUAGGUGCGAGGGAAUCAACGCUAAUGUAAAAAAAUUUCUCACUUCUAGGCAUAGCAUUCUAGAACUUGUUCAGAAUCUCGAGUUGCUUGUUCGGGAGUACCGAAACAAUGAGCUUCUUGCACAGUUUAAUACGUUAUAUAGCAUGCCGGUCAUCACUAGUUGCUUGAAUUCCAUUGAAAGAUCUGCUGCCAACGUGUAUACUCAAGCUGUAUUCAACGAGGUUAAAAAAGAGAUGGAUCGGGUGGGCACAGUCAAUUUUGUUAGUCGAAAGAGGGUCUCCACAACAAUUUUGUAUAUCACAGAAGACUAUGGUAAACCGGGAAGACGAGUUAUGACGCUAUUUGAGAAUAAUGUGGUUAAGUUAGAAUGUCAUUGUCGGUUCUGGGAACGAGUGGGGUACCCUUGUAGGCACAUGUUUUUCGUUAUGAAGCACGAGCAUUUGAAAGCUAUUCCCGAUCGCUUGAUAAUUAAAAGAUGGAGACAAGAUGCCAAGGACAUCGGACAGUAUGUUGAUGACAUCGAAGAGGAAUCCGAGAGGGGCUUUUUGCUGAGGCAUGGUGCCCUUCAUGCAGCUUCUCAAUGGAUGCUUUUCGUUGGUGCAAAGAAGCAAGAGCUGUUUAGAGUUGCUUUGAAUGGGAUUAGAAACGUAUGCAGGGACCUGGAAAAUGGGAAUGCUAAAGCUGCAAAUGGUGCUUCGAAGAGGGUUGAAGUCGGCAUUAGGGACCCGGUGGUUGUUAGAACGAAAGGAGCGCCGUCUUCAAAGAAGUUAAAGUCGAAGAAAAGAAGGUGUACUAGUUGUAGAAAAACAGGACACACUAAGCGGAGGUGUACAGUUAGCAGGAGGACCUUUAAUGAAACAGAUGCCACGAAAGGUGCUGAUAUAUCCAACACAGACCGUGCGGAGGCGGAGUGCACGAAAGGAGUAACACGAGCAGGUGUUGAUGUUGAUGUCUUAGAGAAACAUCUGAGUGGUGAUAAAAAAGCAAUGGUCAUGGAUAUCUUGAGGAAGCUGAAUCCAGGAACGGACGACAAGUCUUGA